UCUGGCAACGCCAUCAGCUGUUUUUGCAUUUCGCUGCCACAAAAAUUAAAAUUGUUGCUGAUGUCGUCGUGGAUUUUUGAAUAUUGCGCUGAUUUGCAUUGAUAGCAAAUCGGGGACUAUGGGGAGCACGCGGGAGCGGGAAAGGGAGAGUCGCCUGUGCGCCAUCACCUUUUUCGCCAAGUUGCAUCCUGGCGACGUUUGCGGCAGCAACGGACUGCCCCUCACGCCCAAUUCGAUUGCGAUCCUGGGGAGAGCGCAGAAACUCAAGGAACUGCAGGAUGAGCACCUGUGCCAGUACCUGGAUGUAAUCCGCGGCAAGCACGAACGCACCAUUGUGGUUUCGGAGUACUUGGGACUGUCGCUGGAGGAUUAUGCUAAGCGUCAUCCCCCGCUGGCCAUUGCCCAAAUCCUAAGAAUCUUCUAUCAAGUAGCAUGUGGAAUUGAUGUCCUAAGUCAACACCAUCUGGUGGCCCACAACCUAGAGCCCAAACACAUUCUCAUCUCGAACGACAGCCUGCGGGUGAAACUCUUCAACUACGGGUUGCAUCAUAUGACCAAGGACGGUGCCUAUGUACCCUUUCCAAUUGGCAAUAUCCGGUAUAUGGCACCGGAACGUUUACUCGGCCUGAAUGGCAAUGUCAAGAGCGAUGUUUGGUCUCUGGCGCUGCUGAUGGUAGAGCUGAUAUUCCAAAUCGAACUGUGGCCCAAGCUGAAACUCUCGAAUGUGAUUAGGAAAAUACUGGCUCUUAGCAGGAGCAGUGGAGUGCUGGAGAAGAUUGCACGUGAGCAUCAGUGCCACGAACGAUAUAUAGAAAUGAACAAAAAUCUGCGACAGCUGCUGGAAAGCUGUCUAAGUGUCCUGCCCAAAAGAAGACCGCUGCCAGGAGAGCUUUUGAAUGAUGAAGUUUUCGAAAAUAUUCGUUUGGAUCUGAACAAAGAGAAGAUUCAGCCCUUAGGGAAUGAAAUUGAGCAUUUACCCUUACUUCUGCGAUGUCCAUUGUCGCAAAUCUAUCACCUUUGGCAACUGGCCGGCGGUGAUGUCCAAGCAGAGCUCAAAAAGGAGGGUCUCAUCCGGAGUGAGGCGCCUAUUUUGGGUUUGCCACAAAUCGUUCGCUUGAGCGGUGCCAGCGUUUGUCCCGGACGAAGUCAGGCGCAGCUGAUGGACGAUCGUGUGGUGCCACUACGCCUUAAGGCACUGCUUCAGCGGUUGAGUCGCCUGCCAGCAGGAGUCUACUUUCCGCUUCUGCACUCACCGCGAUUUCCCGCCCACUUUUCUCGCGAAUUGCAGGAACUGCCCCUGGUAAUCCGCGAGAAAGACAUUGAGUACCAGUUUCAACGGGUGCGAUUGUUUACUCGUCUUCUGCAGGGCUAUCCGCACACGGCUGAGCAAUUGCAGCGCGAGGCAGCCGUGGAUGUGCCACCGCUUUUGAGGGGUCCAAUUUGGGCUGCCCUCUUAGAAGUGGUACCCAAUGGCAGUUACUCAAAGAUUGACAAGUUCACGUCUACAAGUACGGAUCGGCAGAUCGAGGUUGACAUCCCGCGUUGCCAUCAAUAUGAUGAGCUGCUCUCCUCGCCGGAUGGACAUCGCAAGCUGAGACGGCUGCUGAAGGCCUGGGUCACCGCCCAUCCGCAGUAUGUUUAUUGGCAGGGAUUGGACUCGUUGACGGCACCAUUUCUCUUUCUGAACUUUAACAAUGAAGAACUGGCUUUCCUCAGCCUGUUCAAGUUCAUUCCAAAGUAUCUGCAGUGGUUCUUUCUCAAAGAUAAUUCAGCGGUGAUCAAGGAGUACCUAUGCAAGUUCUCCCAGUUGACCGCCUUCCAUGAACCGCUCCUCGCCCAGCAUUUGGCCAGCAUUAGCUUUAUACCAGAGCUAUUUGCGAUACCCUGGUUCCUCACCAUGUUCUCGCAUGUUUUCCCGCUGCACAAGAUCCUGCAUUUGUGGGAUAAACUCAUGUUGGGCGACAGUUCGUAUCCGCUGUUUAUUGGCAUUGCUAUCUUGCGCCAACUAAGAAGCACGCUGCUCACCUCCGGUUUCAACGAGUGCAUCCUGCUCUUCUCAGAUCUUCCGGAUAUCGUAAUGGAUGGCUGUGUACUGGAGUCCCAGAAGAUGUACGAGGCCACUCCGAAGAGUAUUACUCAUCGCCAGCACGCGCUGCGUCUUCAUCCGCAACAGGCGUUGGACAUUGGCGUGACGGAUGUUGAGUUAAAGCACUUGCAGCAGGAGCAAUGCCCGCGGAUCAGCGCCAAGGAUGUGCAAUUUAUGCUGGACAACUCGCCGUCGGAGCUGGCCCUUGUUGAUCUGCGUAGUGUGGUGGAGUUUGGACGUGUCCAUGUGCCGCAUAGCAUUAACAUUCCAUUCGCUACCGUCCAGUUGGGUGAUCAGAGACUGGACGCCCUUCAGGUCCCACAAUUAGAGGCGCAACUCCGUGGCAGGAUCGUGGUCUGCGUGAGCAACAUCCAUCAGCAUUCUGUGGAGUUUUCGCACUUUUUGGUGGCCUGCGGCGUCCAGCGCACCUGCAUCCUUCACAAGGGAUUCAACGUCCUGCACUCCAUCGAGCCAAAUAUACUCAUCUCGAAUUGAGCCCCGACUUGCUGAUCGUUUCUCGUUAGCCACAUCGCUUCUGCUCGUCUAGCCUGAGCUCAAUGUACAAUUAUUAUCUUUUUUAUCUGGAAUAUAUUUGCAAAUAAAUUAUAUAUGUAUUAUAUA